UAUCAGAGGAAGCCUUGCUACCGACAACACACCCUCAGGUCUUGCAACUGCCACCAUGGGGGCUCUGCUGUGGGAUCUCUUGCUGCUCUGCUUGUUUGCCCACGUGCUCGGCGACUGUCAGAGGGACUGCCUGAGCUGCAACAGACACUUGUACAACCAACAGGACAACUUCAAUGUUCUCAUCUGCAUCAUGGAGUGCGAAGGGAAGGCCUUUUCGAGUACCACCUGGGAGCUUUGCACCAAAGUGGCUGGGAAGUCGUCCAUACAGGUGAGCGCUGACAGCCUGGAAGAAGAUUCCUACCAGCCCUUAGAGAUGGACGAUAGUGGCCUGUUCAGAGGCAGCCGGAAGCACUUCAAUGACCUCACCAAAGUGGUGGAUCUUAGCAAAAUGGAAGGUGAGAAGAGAGUUUCCAAGGUGAGCAGCCUGAUCCGCCAGCGGGAGGUGGACGAGGGUGUCAGCAAUGGGAGUGAGACCCCGCUGGGUGACUUCCAAGAGCAGCCCAAGGAUAUUUCCAAGCGGCUCGGUGGCUUCCUCAAAGGAAAGUACAGUUACAGGCAGGUGCUGGAGCCCACCGUGCAAGGGCUGCAGAAGCGGUACGGGGGCUUCAUCGGGGUCAGAAAGUCGGCCCGGAAGUGGAACAACCAGAAGAGGUUUAGCGAGUUCUUGAAGCAGUACCUGGGCAUGUCACCGCGCUCCAGCGAGUACGAUAGCUUCACCAAUGACCUGAAUGAACAGAACGAGAUCUAACCGGAAACUCUGUUUCAUGUCACUGACACAUAGUGAAUCGGUUUAAGUCUGCCAUGGCCAAAGAAGUCAACCCCUUCCCUGAUCCCAAAGAGCCUGUGUUAGGAAUGGUUCACCAGGCACAACCGGAUUCAUUGCUGCUCAGAGUCAAGGGGGGGAAGCCGCGUGGUGGUGGUUUCUGAAUCAUCCAAUGUAUUUAUUAAUUCUUCUACAUUUUCAUGGCACUUUUGAAGGCAAAUACAAGACAACUGUCCCUGCCCUGAGCUUACAGUCUAGGUUUACUAGAACGGGAAUUUACUUAUGAGGAACGAGAGAGAGAAUCAGUCAGGUGUCUCUUUUCACUUUCAAAAUGGAUUUCCAAGUGUUUUGGUCCC